UUCCAUUUGCUUCCGUUAGAAAAAAAAUAUUUUUUUUGCAAAACUCGGGACAUAUUCAACUCACUGUUUCAUUGUUUAGCCAGAUCAUUGUCCCAACUCCCAACAUGAAGAUACCAGUUGUUGAUUUUGGAGCAUACAAGUUAGGGGAAAACGAUGUUUCGGGCGAACAGUUAGAGAUCCUGAGCAGGCAGUUGAAAACGGCCUUUACUGAAGUGGGAUUUGUUUAUCUGAAGAAUACUGGGAUAGUGCAACUAGAGGUGGACGAGGUUAUGAACAUAUCCAAGAAAUUCUUUCUGCAACCUGACGAAAUGAAACAGCCUUUCAGCAGGAACAGCUUCUCUAAUAAUCCUAACCAUGGCUGGGUGUCUUUAGAGACUGAGAGUUUAAAUCCCAAGAGACCAGGAGACCUAAAGGAAGCCUUCAACACUGCGUCCUUUCAUCCAGGCAUAAAAUGGCCAUCGUGGGAAGGAGUGAAUGGAUUCUGUGAGAUCCAGUCAUCGUUCUUCCUGCGCUGUAAGGACCUGUGUCUCCGGGUGCUUCGUGUGAUGGCCGACAGUCUGGGCCUGGAGGCUGAGGUCUUCCUGAGUGCACACAGACACAUAGGGAGUGAUGAGAACGGCACUACCCUGAGGUCGCUGUAUUACCCCCCGGUGAGGAGUGACAGGGUGAAGGAGGGCCAGCUGCGCUGUGGAGAACACUCUGACUACGGCAGCAUCACCCUGGUCUUCCAGAGCCAAGAGGGUGGCCUGCAGGUGCGUACCAGGUCAGGGGAGUUCAUCUCUGCUCCCAGCAUCCCUGGGACAGUACUGAUCAACAUAGCUGACCUGAUGCAGAGGUGGACCAGUGAUGUUUUCCUCUCAGCGGUCCAUAGGGUUUUGCUGCCCCCCGCUGGAGACUUGAGCACACGGCAGUCCUUGGCUUUCUUUGUGCAGCCAGACAAUGAAGCCCUCAUCACCUGUUUUGACGGAUCCAACAAAUAUCCCCCUGUGAAGUCAGGAGCCUAUCUCAGUGAACGCUUCAAUGACUCUUAUGGGAGGAAGUGAGCUUUAUCUAUCCAGCAUUAAUUAUUUUGUGUUAUGCAAUUAUGUCAGUGAAACAGAAUGUCAGUAAAGAGAGAAUAAAUAAGUAUAACCAUUACUUCCCUCUUACACAUCCCUCUAUCAUCACUCCAUGGGGGAGUACAACCAUUACCUCUCUCCUCUUUCACAUCGCUCUAUCAUCACUCCAUGGGGGAGUACAACCAUUACCUCUCUCCUCUCUCACAUCCCUCUAUCAUCACUCCAUGGGGGAGUCCAACCAUUACCUCUCUCCUCUUUCACAUCCCUCUAUCAUCACUCCAUGGGGGAGUACAACCAUUACCUCUCUCCUCUUUCACAUCCCUCUAUCAUCACUCCAUGGGGGCGUCCCAAUAAUCUCUCCUUCCUCCUGAAGUGUAACAUUCCUUCACUACUCCUCACAAAUGUAAAAGCAUUGGAUUGGUGUUGACAUGGGGUAGAGGGAGUUUACAUAUACCAGUCAUUUCCUUUAAAUCCAUGAAGGGAAGUGGGAGAGCGAGAGAGAGAAUCAGAUAAAGCUGUGGAGAUAAAGGAAUAUGUGAGCAGAAACCCUCCAGGUGCAGAUACUGUAUGUAGAACCAUAGUAAAGACCAGUAUGGACUGUCAAUACAGAUACUGUAUGUAGAACCAUAGUAAAGUCCAGUAUACACUAUCAAUACAGGUUCUGUAUGUAGAACCAUAGUAAAGACCAGUAUGGACUAUCAAUACAGAUGCUGUAUGUAGAACCAUAGUAAAGCUCAUCAAUACAGAUACUGUAUGUAGAACCAUAGUAAAGUCCAGUAUACACUAUCAAUACAGGUACUGUAUGUAGAACCAUAGUAAAGACCAGUAUGGACUAUCAAUACAGGUACUAUAUGUAGAACCAUAGUAAAGUCCAGUAUGGACUAUCAAUACAGGUACUAUAUGUAGAACCAUAGUAAAGCAUAGUAUGGACUAACGUGACCAUUUAGAAUGAGGCCCAGUUCAAUGAGAGGAAGUCUUAACAGAACUGGGGGAUGACAGACAUGAAGUGGGUGAGUGGAGAUCUAAUAUUUUUUUUGUGCCAAACACUAAAGCAUGAUAUUGUAAUAAGUUUACACCCUAUUCCAUAUGUAGAACACUACUUUAGACCUGGUCAGAAGCACCGUAGUGCACUACGUAGGGAAUAGGGAACCAUUUGGAACAGAGGCAGUAAUUCCCCUGAACAUCUUUCUCUUCCUCAUCUGGUUUCUUUAACAGCCCUUCACUCCUCCCCUCUUCCUCCCCUCCCUUUUCAUUCUAUUCUAUCAGCCACACCACUAGCUCACCUCCACAUAAUCCAUUUAGAAGUUAAAGACACACCUUGGAAUAAAUAACAAAGGAAAACUAUUACUAGAUGAAGUUUAGUGUUGUAUUUUCUAUUUCCCAUCACCAUAAAUCAUAUUUAAUCACUGAACAGUAGCAGACCUAACUUCAUCUGUUCCUGACUCUGGAUAGCGGAUUAAAAAGACCAUCAAUCUCCAAUGAUAUUAAAGUACUAUUCUGAACAUUACUGAUAUACUGAAGGCAAGUCAAGAUAUCUGCUGUUUAAUAUGGUUUAGUUAGUUAGUAAGUGAUUCUACCUGUUCAAGGCCAUUGAGGAGAAUUAUAUAGAGACAGAGAACCAAUUGAGAAAACAUAUCAAUGGUUCUGACUGACAACCAAUAUACAGCAACACAAUACAUCAUGAUUUGUGGAAAUGUACAUGAUAAAAACAUGAAUACAAAGUAUUUUUAUAACUGAAGUUUCUGUAUAUCAAAUCAAUCAGAAAAAAUAAAUCAAAACAGAGCAGAAUGAAUCAUUACAUCUGGGGACCAUCACCACCAGCAUGACUAGUAUCUAUGUGGACCCUACUACAGUUUAACCAGCUCAGCUAUAGACUACACCAGCAUGACUAGUAUCUAUGUGGACACUACUACAGUUUAACCAGCUCAGCUAUAGACAACACCAGCAUGACUAGUAUCUAUCUGGACCAUACUACAGUUUAACCAGCUCAGCUAUAGACUACACCAGCAUGACUAGUAUCUAUCUGGACCCUACUACAGUUUAACCAGCUCAGCUAUAGACUACACCAGCAUGACUAGUAUCUAUCUGGACCCUACUACAGUUUAACCAGCUCAGCUUUAGAGUACACCAGCAUGACUAGUAUCUAUGUGGACCCUACUACAGUUUAACCAGCUCAGCUAUAGACUACACCAGCAUGACUAGUAUCUAUGUGGGCCCUACUACAGUUUAACCAGCUCAGCAGUACCAUUAUAGUGAUAAAACCCAGGAUAGAGGGGCUGAGUGAAUGUGGUCUGGCCUCUGUGGAGGAGGGUCAUUGUGUCAGAGACACUGUAGAAGGACAGAGUACCUGCCUUGUGAUCCAGGUACACUCCUACUCUGGAGGACUGAGGGCCUGAUACUUUAGUCUCAACAUUAUUGUGUCUGAACCAAUAACCACCACUAUAGCACUGUAAACUCCAGGACUUGUUAUUGUAUUCAAAUGUAUUAUCUGCCUCUGUUCUGCUGAUGUCUUUAUAUGAGACUGCUGUAAUAACAUAACUACUCCACUUCACCUCCCAGUAACAGCAUCCAGACAGACCCUCUCUACACAGAACCUGGUACUGGUUGGUGAAUCUGUCUGGAUGAUCAGGAUAUGGUUGGACUUGGUCUGUAUAGGUCACCUUUCUGUUUCCUUCAGACAGAAAGAGGAGUGUGUGUGCUGUGUUUGGGUCCAGUGUGAGCUGACAGGAAUCUGGGAGAAGAGCAGAGCAGAGACCAAUGAGGGGAGUUAGAACAAUAAGUUAAGUCAGAUACUGUAUCUACCCUGUCUUUGAUUAGAGCACAGCAGAGAUCAAAUCAGAAAAAUAUGAGGAGUCAGAUAGAUACCCAGUCUUUGAUUAGAUCUACUAUUGCUAUAUAUUUCUAGAGGGAUUGUUAGGAGUGUCAGUAAAAAGAGACUGUUAGUUACUUCACAAUAAAGAGACUCACAUUGUAACAACUGUUCUCUGGUCUUGGGCUCUGGAGGCAGUACAACAUCCACUAUAUUCACUACAGACGCACAAACAAAAUUUUGGGGUCACUUAGAAAUGUCCUUGUUUUUAAAGAAAAGCACAUUUUUUGUCCAUUAAAAUAACAUUGAAUUGAUCAGAAAUACAGUGUAGACAUUGUUAAUGUCACCAAAGCCCCAUAUACUACCCACCACUGCGACCUGUACGCUCUUGUUGGCUGGCCCUUGCUUCAUACUCGUCGCCAAACCCACUGGCUCCAGGUCAUCUACAAGACCCUGCUAGGUAAAGUCCCCCCUUAUCUCAGCUCGCUGGUCACCAUAGUAGCACCCACCUGUAGCACACGCUCCAGCAGGUAUAGCUCUCUGGUCACCCCCAAAACCAAUUCCUCCUUUGGCCGCCUUUCCUUCCAGUUCUCUGCUGCCAAUGACUGGAACGAACUACAAAAAUCUCAAACUGGAAACACUUAUCUCCCUCACUAGCUUUAAGCACCAGCUGUCAGAGCAGAUCACAGAUUACUGCACCUGUACAUAGCCCAUCUAUAAUUUAGCCCAAACAACUAACUUGUCACUACCUUGUUUAUUUUGCUCCUUUGCACCCCUUAUUUCUAUUUCUACUUUGCACAUUCUUCCACUGCAAAUCUACCAUUCCAGUGUUUUACUUGCUAUAUUGUAUUUACUUCGCCACCAUGGCCUUAUUUUGCCUUUACCUCCCUUAUCUCACCUCAUUUGCUCACAUUGUAUAUAGACUUAUUUUUCUACUGUAUUAUUGACUGUGUGUUUGUUUUACUCCAUGUGUAACUCUGUGUUGUAUGUGUCGAACUGCUUUGCUUUAUCUUGGCCAGGUUGCAAUUGUAAAUGAGAACUUGUUCUCAACUUGCCUACCUGGUUAAAUAAAGGUGAAAUAAAUAAAUUAAAUUAAAAUGUUGUAAAUUA